UUUACUUUUCGAUCCUUCCAAACCACACCCGCAGGAUUGGCGACCCUCGGCGUGUGUUUUGGCGUGGACGAAACACAGGUUUACAUUCAGGGGAGUGUAGAGCUAAGGCAGGAGGGCGAAUACGGUGUCCCGCCAUCAAUGUCCUGCCAUCAUUGAAUUGAACUAAAGGAAGACAAGCGUACAGGUGCCUAAAGAGUAAUUUUCGCUCAUGUAAAGUGACGACUCCCUCUAUCUCCGAAUGCCAAAUGCCUGCCAUAUAUACACACGUAAAUUCAAUAUUAACACACAUAUAUUUUUUCCAGUCCAACUAAGAACAUUACGGCAUCCAACCAGCCUUGCACAAAGUUACGCUAAUGAUAUACGUGUAACAGAGAGAAAACGAGCCCCGACCGAACGUAUCUGGGAAGCGGCGAAGGUCAGUGGCAUUCAGAAAAUUGUAGUGCAGAGUGGCAAGCGGCAGGCGGCUGUGUGUUCCUCCGCCGCAGUCCUUGCCUCUAAGUACACUCACAGUGCGGAGAUGAUCCAGCCACCUUCCACUCCUGAAUAAUGUGAAAGUAGUACAAUUGGUGUGGUUAUCCAGUGGUAGUCGGAGACACAGAGGGAGUUUUGUGUGGGACUAGUUUUUGAUUGCGCGAGGCGGCCUGCGCGAGUGACUUCAGAUCGUCGUGUUGUGUUUGGGUGUUUCCAUGAAGUUUAGUUACAAUGAAAAUGUGCAUCAAGAGGGCAAUAAAACGCCAAAAUAGCCACCUGUACUAUAUAAAACAUGACAGAGGGAAAUGAUGAGUAAGUAUAUCCAAUGUAAACCAUGAAAAACGGCAUAAAUCUAGUGAAAAUGAUGAUUAAAACAUUGGUGGUGGUCGCCUCAUCGAGCCUCCAUUUUCUCUCGCAAAGAUUCUGGGGACGUCGCUUUGUUGGUAAAUGUUCGGUGGCAGUGAAGUGAAGUGAUUUAUACGCCAGAAUCAUCGUAUGACGUGCAUUCGUAUUAAAAAGCCGGAAUUCAGUACAUGUUACACACCCGUAUUGUCACUUGCAGUUACCCACAAAGCGGUGUCUCUAUAGUUAUUGGUGGCACACGAAGGUUAUAAGCAAGACUGAGCUUUGUAAUGUAUAAAGUUAACAAUGCAUUUCCCACUGAGAGCCUCAUCGCCCUCGCGGACCACACACGGCAACUAUUUGGUUCGAGUGCGUGCUCAGGUGAUGAUGCGUGAUGACAGCACAGGGCUUUGGGUGCCCAUGGGUGGGGGCGGCCUCUCCAACGUGUCUGUCAGGAAGCGCGUCACCCAGCCCGACCUUGAUGACUCCAAGCAUGAAUAUCUCAUCUACGGGAAGAGAAUAUCAGAUCAGACUGUAGUACUCAGUUGUACAAUAAAGAAGGACUUUGAGUACUACAAAGUGAUGCCUACCUUUCACCACUGGAAGACUGGGGACAUGAAGUUUGGACUAACAUUUCAGACAGCAGCCGAUGCAAGAGCUUUUGACAGUGGCGUCCGCACGGCUUUCGAUGACUUGGUUGAGGGUCUCAAUGACUUCCCAUCCUACCGCCAUGGCCUCGAUGUAGAAAAAGUAUUUGUGACGGUCCACCUUCCUCCAGUGGAAAGAGAAGGCCCACGGUCGUCAUCGGGGUCGGUCACCACCAGCAGCAGCCGUCACACACCCACCGUAACUCCCAUCCAGACCCCAGACCACCCCUCCCACCCCUCUCACUACCACCACCACCACCAUCACCACCACCACCACCACUAUCCACCACCACCACCAGGAGGAGGAAGUGGGGUAGGGGGGGUUGUGUCAGUGGGAGGAGUUGGCAUUUCCACAACAAACACGUCUUCUACCCCUCCUAACCUACCCGCCACAACGACUGGGACAACUCAACCAUAUCCACAUCCACACCCACACCCCAACCACCACCAUGAUUACUUGCACCACAUCACCUUUCUGCCGAGACCCAAGCCUCCCUUGCCUCCCAAUAUCAAGCCCCCAGACAAGCCAAUAGAACUGGAAUAUGAUCACAAGCCUGAAAACCCUCUUGAUCUCCCUCCAGACCAAGACAAAACGAAUGUUACUGUAGACCCUUCUUCCUAUGUCCAAUUUGAAGAAAACCCUCGCCACCACUACAGCUAUCCAGUGGUGGAGGUAAAGCCAGAGAAGAGGGAUAUUUCAUCUAUCAAGAAAUAUCAGAAUCCAGAGCUUGGUAGGGGAACUCCUUCACAACCUAUGGUCCCACCUGUUCCUACAACCAGAAGACUACCAAAAAAAGAUAAAAAGAACAAAAGGACCAUAAAGGCCCGUUGCAAGCAUUGCCAAGAUAUGUUUACCUAUGACAAAAAUUCACGAGGCAGUUGCGAAUUUGCCCCAGAUUGUGUGCGUUCAGCCAUCGACACGCUUACUUGCAUCACUUGUGCACAGUGUAUGUUGUACCACUGCAUGAGUGAUGCAGAAGGAGACUUUGCACACCAUCCAUGUGAGUGUGGGGGACCUGGAGGCACAGCAGAUGAGUCAUGUGGGCGGAGGUGGCUGGGAUUGACCCUGUUAUCCUUGUUGGUGCCAUGCUUGUGGUGCUAUCUUCCACUACGAGCAUGUCACCAGGGUGCUGUUGCUUGCGGCCUGUGUGGUGGAAGACAUGAGGCCUCCUGACUCACCGCCCCCAUGCAUGCCCCUGAGGAGGAAGAGGAUGAGGAAGACGAUGAAGAUACCGUAUUCACAGUCACAGGAAGCCCAGCACUGCACUCCCCUCAACCGUGGGGAGAUCAGGGGGGCGGCUCCCACCAGGCAGGGGUGGUUUUGGGCAUGUAUGUGGAUGGUUGAACAGUGCUAGGUAAUGCCUGGUUUAAGUUAUGUAGCCAGUGAGGCAUUGUGACUGGGACAACAAUGUCCACAGUGUUAACUCGAAUGUGAGGGUGCUGCUAGCUGGCACGGAUGUUUGUCAAACAGCCUAGUGGAAAGAAGAGUGUAACUGUGUGAUACAAGGAGUGUGAAUGUUACCGCUUUUGACUAAGUGGCUAGAAAGGACACAACGGUCUGAGUGUUCUAUGUACCUGACGGCCACACUCCGGCCUCAGAGAGUGUGUGUGCACGUGUGCGUCCAUGUGCAUAGUACACACACUGCCGUACAUGGCCAGUUCUAAACUCUUGCAUUUGGAAACCCUUGUUCACCUAUAUGUGAGCUGCUGUGUAAGUGGUGAGUCUGUCCGCCUUGGCCUAUUAAAUAAUCUAAAGGGAUCCCAAUUUUUCAAGGGCUCAGGAGAAAUUGUGACACCCUUUGGAAUUGCUGUGACUUUUUGUAUGCUUUUAAUUAUCAUUGUGAUAGAUGUUCUAUAUAUUGAUAGCUUUAGCUGGCCAAGACGGACAGGUGGCCAAGGCAGCUGGACUGUCACGUGUCACAUAAUACCUACGUGAAGGUCUCACUUGCGUUUGCCUUACAUGCCAACACUUUGUGUUUAGUCUUUGGGCGAGGAUUAGUGCCGUGGUCACCAUGUGUAUGCCAGACAACUUUAUCAAGGGUUUCCUUUAGGUGCUAAAGCACAAAUCAUGGACUUUAUUUUUAUUUAUUUUUUGAGUAAUUAAAAAUCAGUUGUGUUACAGUUAAAAAAACAUUUUCUACACAACUUUGUAUAUAAACAUGUGUAAGGCAGUUGCACUGUGAAACAUAAAAUACAAGGUGGUUUGGCUUCUUUAAAAUCAAACUAAGGUAAUGAUGUAACUACAUAUUGUAGUGAUCAAAUGAUAAAGACUAAACUUCCAAAUUUAAUUAAUGUAUGGAACACUAGUGGCAUGUGAAUCAAUGCCCUGUGAAAAUCCUUUAACUACUGUUGUCACAAUUACUGCAUAUAUUGAUAAUCCCCUCAUGUAUGAUUACCAAGAAGAGGCCAAUUUUGUGUACAACCUAGAUGGUGGCCUAACCAGCCCACGGUCACACCCAAGAUGACUGCAGGCCUCUCAGGUGUUCCUUUCCAAGCUAAGCUGUAUAAGGAGUAAGACACUGACUGCUUUUGUCUUGUAGGUUGUGACCUGGACUGACAUAGAUGUUUUUGGUAGUGGCUGUUUGGGAGCAGCUAGGUCGUCACCCAGGUAGGGUUUUGGGUCUGCCUGAGGCUCCAGAUACCUAACAUUAUCUUAUUUUGAGGUAAAGAGGUGACUCAAGCCAGCAUAACCCUGCGGGACGACCUGGUGCACGGCUCCUGCACCCGCCACUCAGCCACCCUAGUCACCAACAAAAUUGCAACUAAUGUCAGCAGUCUAUCAUUUUGUUUUCUUUGCAACAAUUUUAAGCAAAAAGUCACAAAA